CGAAGAAAAAAAUGAAAAAAAUAAUACCAACAAUUUAUACAAUUAAUAUAUUAAAUUUACCAAUAUUAUUUGUUAAUUUACCAACACCAAUUAAUAUUAAUUAUUUAUGAAAUUUUGGAUCAAUUUUAGGAAUAUUUUUAAUAAUUCAAAUUAUUUCAGGAUUAUUCCUUUCUAUACAUUAUUGUCCAAAUAUCAAUAUUGCAUUUUAUAGAAUUUCCAAUAUUAUAAAAGAUAUAAAUUCAGGUUGAUUUAUUCGAUUAAUUCACAUAAAUGGAGCUUUAUUUUAUUUUUUUAUUAUAUAUUUACAUAUUGCGCGAAAUAUAUUUUAUUAUUCAUUUAAAUUAUUCCAAGUUUGAGUUAUUGGAGUAACAAUUUUAUUUUUAUCAAAAGUAACGGCAUUUUUUGGAUAUGUUCUUCCAUGAGGACAAAUAUCUUUUUGGGGAGCUAUAGUAAUUACAAAUUUAAUUUCAGUAUUACCUUAUAUUGGUUAAUUUACAGUUGAAUGAACUUGAGGGGGAUUUUCUAUUAAUAAUGAUACAUUAAAUCGGUUUUAUUGAUUUCAUUUUAUUUUGCCAUUUAUUAUUCUUUUAUUAGUUUUUAUUCAUUUAAUAAUUUUACAUAUUACAGGUUCUUCAAAUCCUAUUCAUUCAAAAAUAAAUAUUUAUAAAAUUAUUUUUCAUCCUUAUUUUUCAAUUAAAGAUUUAAUUACAAUUAUUUUUACAUUUUCAAUAUUUAUAAUUAUUAAACUUCAAUUUCCUUAUAUAUUAGGAGAUCCGGAUAAUUUUAAAAUAGCAAACCCUAUAAUUACUCCAAUUCAUAUUAAACCAGAAUGAUAUUUCUUAUUUGCAUAUUCAAUUUUACGAACAAUCCCUAAUAAAUUAGGAGGAGUAAUUAUAUUAUUCCUUUUAAUUUUUAUUUUAUAUUUAAUUCCAAUAAUUAAUUUAAAUAAUAUAAAAAGUAAUAAAUGUUACUUUAUUAAUAAAAUUAUAUAUUGAUGAUUUAUUAAUAUUUUAAUUGUAUUAACUUGAUUAGGGGGUCAAAUAAU